CAAAACGCAAAAUAUGGACCAUCUUCACGCUCUUGUGAAAACCAAUAUUCCUGUUCUUUUGCUUUCUUUUAUUCUCUACGACCUUGCUUGUGGUUUUCCUAAAAGCCCUCCUUACAAUUUCUGCUCAACCACAACUACUUACACCGAAAACAGUCCAUUUCAGAACAACCUCAUUGAUCUGCUCCAAACUCUAACUUCAAAUGCUUCUUCUUCCAAGUUCUACAACACCUCAAACGGCAACGACACGAAUCACAAAGUUUACGCUCUUUACAUGUGCCUCAACUACGUUUCGAGCGAGACCUGCCGGUACUGCAUGACCCGGGCGUCGCAGGAAGACAUCGGAAGGCUCUGUCCCAACUCAACAGAAGCCUACGUUUACGAGGAGUAUUGCCAGCUACGAUACUCCGACUACAACUUCUUCGGCAAGCUGAGUUUCUCGGAAAAUCUUCCCUUAGCCAACGUGCAAAGAAUUCAGGACCCGGAAAAGUUCAGCUCCGUUGUGAACAAAACGUUGAGAAGUCUCACCAAGUCGGCGGCUUUUAAUGCUUCAUCAAACAUGUACGCUACAGGAGAAGCUUCUUAUGAGGAUAAAACGAUAUAUGCCUUAGUUCAGUGCACUAAAGACUUGUCUCCAUAUUAUUGUAGUAAAUGCCUUCAAAGGGCAACGCAAGAUGUCCUUCAUAAGUAUAAUUAUUCUAUCGGGGCAAGGCUUCUUUGUCCGAGCUGUUAUCUGAGGUAUGAGUUGUACCCGUUUUACAAAAAUGGAUCUGACCCUAUUUCUAGUCCACCAGAUAAUCAUAACAAAAAAGGUAACGGAAGGAAAAUAUGGAAAAUUACAACUCUUACUGUUGGAUCAGCUUGCUUGGUGGUGGCACUUUUUGGUUCUUGUGCUUGCUAUCAUGCUGCUAACAGAAGAAAGACUAGAAGAGAUGAUCAAGGUGUGUUUUGCCACAAAAUAUUCAAAAGAAAUUAUCCAAAAGAUCAGGAGUUUCCCUAUAUUGACUUGACAACCAUACACACGGCUACAAACUACUUUUCUGAUUCAAAUAAGCUUGGACAAGGCGGUUUUGGCCCUGUUUACAAGGGCACACUAAAUGAUGGAAGGGAAGUGGCGGUCAAGAGGCUUUCGAUUGGUUCCGAGCAAGGCUCAGAGGAAUUCACAAAUGAAGUUCUACUGAUAAUGAAACUUCAGCAUAAAAAUCUGGUCAGGCUUUUGGGUUUUUGUGUAGAUGGAGAGGAAAAACUGCUUGUUUAUGAAUACAUGCCCAACAGCAGUCUAGAUGUCAUUCUAUUUGAUAAGAUGCGUGCAAAGCUCGACUGGAGUAUACGUCUAAAGAUUAUUGGUGGAAUCGCGAGGGGAAUUCUUUACCUUCAUGAGGAUUCUAGACUCAGAAUCAUCCACAGAGACCUAAAGGCUAGUAACAUACUGCUGGAUUUUGAUAUGAAUCCUAAGAUAUCCGAUUUCGGAAUGGCCAGGAUUUUGGCAGGAACUGAAGGAGAAGCAAAUACUACCACCAUAGUUGGGACAUAUGGAUACAUGGCACCAGAAUAUGCUAUGGAGGGGUUAUACUCUAUCAAGUCUGAUGUUUUUAGCUUUGGAGUACUCUUGAUUGAGAUCAUAACUGGAAGAAGAAAUGCUGGCUUUCAUCAAACAAACCGCGCUCCAAACCUCCUUGGAUAUGCAUGGCACGUAUGGCAUGAAGGACAAGUGCUGGAACUGAUUGAUCCACUGGUUGCUGAUUCUUGCGACCCUGAGGAAUUUCUAAAUUAUCUCCAUAUUGGAUUGCUGUGCGUUCAAGAAGAUGCAUAUGACAGACCAACUAUGUCGUCUGUCGUGGUAAUGUUGAAAGGUGAAUCUGCAACUCUUUGCCAGCCCAAACGACCAGCCUUCUCCGCGGGGACAUUUACACACCAUUGUGAAUCAGGUGUCAAUUACAGUUGCUCUGUCAAUGGUGUCACAGUUUCUGAUGUUAUGCCUCGGUGA